AUGUCCCGCCGACCGCCAGCAGGCGCCGACCGCAGCGAACAAAACCGCGCCACGCUCAAACAACUCGUCAAACUCGAAUCCAACAAAUCCUGCGGCGACUGCAAACGCAACAAACACCCCCGCUGGGCGUCCUGGAACAUCGGCGUCUUCAUCUGCAUUCGAUGCUCCGGCAUUCACCGGGGCAUGGGCACGCACGUGUCGAAAGUCAAGUCCGUGGACCUCGACACGUGGACCGACGAACAGAUGGCGAGUAUGCUCAAGUGGGGCAAUAAGCGGGUGAAUAAGUAUUGGGAACAUAAACUGGCGGAGGGACAUGUGCCGAAUGAGGCGAAGAUUGAGAAUUUUAUUAGGACGAAGUAUGAUAGUCGGAGGUGGGUUAUGGAUGGGCCGAUGCCGGAUCCGAGUACGUUGGAUGAUGGAGCGGGGGAGGAUGAUGAGUUGCCGUUGAAUGUCGUGCAGGAGAAGGUGAAGCAGAGGGAGGCGAGUGGUGGGGUGAGGAGUGGAGGUGGGAUUGCGGGACCGCCGAGGGCGAGACAGCAGGAGGUGGAUUUGUUUGGGGAUAUGAAUGAGCCGGCUGCUGCUGCUGCGCAACCUGCGAGACCGAGUACGACGGAGCCGGCGAUGAGUCGACCUGGGCAACCGAGAGCUCUUCCUCAGCAGGCGGUGGCAGCAAAGCAGUCGAAGCCGGGGGAGAGUCUGUUGGGAUUGGACUUCUUCGGUGGAGCGUCGGCAGCGCCUGCGAGGCCGUCUAGCACUGGUCCUGGUACGCCUGGAAUUGGACGGUCUGAUUUGAAGCAAUCGAUUCUGUCACUAUAUGCCUCGAAGCCGGCCGCGCCAGCACCGCAACCUGCCGCGAACGCAUUUGGAGGCAUGCAAUCGCCUGCUUCUCCUGCUGGGUCGCAGUCAAAUGCUUCGGCGCUGAGUGGAAUGGAUGACGCUUUUGGCUCGUUGUCGUUCUCGUCUCCUGCACCGCAGCAGCAGCAGAAGUCAACGCCCUUCGCGAACUUCUCCGCACCAUCUGGCCAUUCGAAACAGCCUUCAAUACAGAAGUCGGCUCUCAGCGGAGGCAGCUUCUUCGAUGCGAAGCCCGCUCCUCCUCCCAAAUCGAAUCCUCCUCCUCAAUCGAGCAACAGCUUCAGCAAUGACUUCGGCAACGACUUCGGCGACUUCUCCUCCGCGUCGCCCGUCAUGUCCACAAAAAGCCCCGCAGCAGCAACGAGCUCCAUGGGCGACCUAUUCGACAUGUCCGCUCCCGCACCACCUCCAAAACCCGCCCCCAUCACAUCAGCCGGCUUCUCCGCCGCAAAGUCACCACCAGCGUCAACCUAUUCCAGCAGCGCCUUCAACCUCUCGCAACCAACGCCCACCCCAGCCGCCGCAUCGAAACCCACGCCCGUCGCGGCCUCCAACUUCUCCGCCAUGAACAGCAUGGACGCAUGGGGUUCCAGCGACGCUGCUUUCGACUCUGGCUGGGGCGAUCCCGAGCCUGCGCCUGCGAAAGUUACAACCGCGACGACACCCGGCGCGAGUGGGUUUAGUGUGCAGCAGGAUGAGGAAUUUGGAGGGUGGAGUCAUGCUAGCCCUGUUGCUACGAAUCCUCCUCCGAAGUCAGGUGGUGGCGGCAUGGGUGGAGGGUCGGAUGAUUUGUUUGGGAAUGUUUGGGGCUGA